UAAAAUAAAUAUUAUAAGAGCUACCCCGUAAAAAAUAUUGUAGAUAUAAAUUUAAUGUGACAUAUUAACCACACCACCUUAUAGCUCACCGUUUGGAAUUGCUCUUAACUCGUCAACUCGUUAUUACGACUAAUAAACUAUGAUAUUUGUUUGGGUUAUAAUUUGAAAAGAAAUCUAUAAAUUGAAGAAAUCUAUAAAUUGUCUUUGUUGGCGACGCAAAACGUAACACAACAAAGACAGUUGUUCGUACACACCUGAAGAUCGAUCGACCAAGCUAAGGAAAUGGCAUAUUUGAGUGCCAAAUCAUCAUCCUGUUCAAAUUAUAUGCUCAUGUUGCUCUUAUUCAUGUUGCUUCUGCUUUCGCAUUUCUGCGCAUCUGUUGAUGUUUGCGCACCAAACACACCUCCGGAAGAAGUGGUUGCCCUUCUAAAAGUUGCCGAAGAAUUAAAAAAACCUGGUAUGAGUAACUGCACGAGGGAUCCAUGUGACAGAAAUAACACUUGCUGGUAUACAGAAGUUGAUCCAAGAAGGCAUAGUUAUGUUAACCAAGUUUCAUGUUCAUGCAUUGACGGUGUAACACAUGUAGCAAAUAUUUCAUGGAAGGGCCAAAGUCUUCAAGGUGUCCUUCCAAGAUCCCUUGCAAAUCUCUCAUACCUUACCACUAUUGACUUUUCAAGGAGUCUUCUUACUGGAACUAUCCCACGAGAAUGGACAGCUACAAAUUUGGAAUUCGUGUCUGUUUUUGCUAAUCGUUUGUCAGGACCAAUUCCAGAUUAUGUGGGAAAUAUUAGCACCCUAACAUAUUUAAGCCUUGAGAGCAAUCUAUUCAACGGAACUAUUCCUCCUGAACUUGGGAAUUUAACCAACUUGAGCAACUUAACUUUAAGCGACAACUCACUUACAGGGUCCUUACCAGUCGAGUUAACUAAACUAAACAAUCUAACAGAAUUUCGAUUAAGCAGUAACAACUUCAGCGGACGCUUGCCUGAUUAUUUCCGUAGUUGGCCAAAACUCCAAGCUCUAGAAAUUCAAGGUAGUGGCUUUGAAGGGCCAAUACCAUCUAAUAUUUCUCUUCUGAAUGAUUUAAAGGAACUGAGAAUCACUGAUCUGAAUGGAGAUGGAUCUAAGUUUCCACCAUUCGAAAAUUUGAAUGGACUUACAACAAUGGUUUUAAGAAGCUGUAACAUCACUGGAAUUAUUCCUUCAUACAUAGGAGACAGAAUGCCACAAUUAGUCCAUCUAGAUCUUAGCUUCAACAAGUUAACAGGCAUCAUUCCAGAUAGCUUCCAAAAUUUGUACUUAAUGCGAAAACUAUAUCUGACAAGCAAUAUGUUAACUGGAACAAUUCCCAGCUGGAUCACAGACACAGAUGACAGUAGCCGUAUAGACCUUUCUUACAACAAUUUUAAUGAUAGCUCUAUACCAUCUCGUUGUGAUAAAACAACUCUAAACUUGUACAGAUGCAAUGCAAGGGAUUUCAAUACAAACUUAGAUACAAGCACAUGCAUGACAAGCUUUAGAUGUUCAAAAGCUCGGUACUCAUUACACAUCAACUGUGGAGGAAGAAGAACAAGAAUAGGAGAAACAACCUUUGAGCAAGAUAACGAAUCUGAUGGUGCUGCUAAAUUUGUUCCAAGAAGAGCAGAGUGGGGAUACAGUAGUAGUGGGGAGUUCUGGAAUCCUAGAUUUCCUACUGAUCUUUAUAUUGCCCAGAAUUCUUCUGAACUGAAGAUGAAUGGUACGGAGCUGUAUGAAGAAGCAAGACUAUCAGCUACAUCUCUCACUUACUAUGGUCGUUGUCUGGCAAAAGGGAACUACACAGUGACUCUUUACUUUUCUGAGAUCGUGUUUGCUGAUAACAACUCGUUUCUGAGUCUUGGGAGAAGAUUUUUUGAUAUCUAUAUCCAGGAGAAGUUGGUAGCGAAGGACUUUAAUAUAGAGAAGGAAGCGAAUGGAACGAGUAAGGCAAUCAAUGUAACUUUUCCACACAUAUUUGUAACGAAUUAUGUAGAGAUUCGGUUCUACUACGCUGGAAAAGGGAGCUGGCAGCUCCCAGUAAGAGGGAAUUAUGGUCCUCUUAUCUCAGCCAUUUCAGUAGAAGCAGAGUUCGACCCUCCAUUUAAUUGGAGAUUGCUCGUAUGGAUCUUAAUCGGGGCUAUGUUCUGUGUAAUUAUUAUUGUUCUUGGUAUACUUUGGUGGAAACGCCGUAUGGAAGACAUAGCAGCAAGGGAACAAGAUCUUCUAGGACAGAAUCCACAAAUAGGUUUAUUCACUUACAAACAAAUCAAGACUGCUUGUAACAACUUCAAUGCAGCUAACAAGAUUGGAGAAGGUGGUUUUGGUUCUGUGUACAAGGGGAGGUUAUGGGAUGGUACUCAUAUUGCAGUGAAACAACUUUCUUCAAGAUCAUCUCAAGGGAACAGGGAAUUUGUAAAUGAGAUUGGCAUUAUUUCUACCUUGUGCCAUCCAAAUCUUGUAAGAUUGUAUGGGUGUAGUGUUGAUACGAGCCAAUUGUUCUUGGUUUAUGAAUUUAUGGAGAACAAUGACCUUGGACAUGCUCUAUUUGAUGAAGGUUCAAAGAAUGGUUCGUUGAGAUUAGAUUGGCCAACGAGGAAAAAGAUUUGUGUAGGAAUUGCUAGGGGUUUAGCCUUCUUGCAUGAUGAAUCAACAAUAAAAAUUGUUCAUAGAGAUAUCAAAGCUACAAAUGUACUUCUUGAUCGCGAUCUUAACCCAAAAAUCUCUGACUUUGGCUUAGCAAAGCUAAAUGAAGAAGAUAAUACUCAUAUUAGCACCCGAAUUGCAGGAACAAUAGGAUACAUGGCGCCAGAAUAUGCAAUGCGAGGUUACUUAACAGACAAGGCCGAUGUUUACAGCUUUGGCGUUGUUGCGUUAGAAAUAGUAGCUGGAAGAAGUAAUAUGAAAUUUCAACCAAGUGGUGAUCUUUUUUGUCUCCUGGAUUUGGCCUUUGUUCUUCAACGGAAAGGAAACCUGAUAGAGCUGGUAGACCCGAAGUUAGGGACAGAUUACAACGUAGAAGAAGCAUCAACGAUAAUCCAAGUCGCAUUAUUAUGCAUUAAUCCAUCUCCAGCACUUAGGCCUACAAUGUCAAAGGCGUUGAGCAUGAUUGAAGGAAACAUAGAGGUUGAAGAACUAAUAUUAGAGCCUAAUAACACAUAUGGUCACGAAUGGAUGUACGGAUCGUCUAGGAAUUGGCAAAGCCAAAUGAUUGAAACCGAAACUCAAAGCCUAAUACAUUCACCAAGUGCACCCAAGGUUGAUUUAUCUUCUUCCUCGACGUCUUUACAUGAUCUUUAUCCAGUUGAUCAUUAUUAGUUAAGUAUCGUACUGUAAUCGUGUUGUAUUAGUUAAAUUAAAAGUCAUAUUUAGUAUGUGAAUAGGGGUAAAAAUUAAAAUUGUUUCAAGUAUUUAGAAACGGGAGAACUUUUAUCAUCAUCUAUAGAGAGAAAAUGUACACAUUUUUUUUAAUGAAAUAGAAAAAAU